AGGUCAGUGUAAAAAGAUUGUGGCGCCCGAGUCAGGUUCCUACCAUAUUGUGCACGGCAAUGGCUCGUCAGUGGGGACUGUUAUUAUGUUCCAGUGUGCCUCUUCCUAUCAGCUGGUCGGUGAAGGGUUAACAACUUGUGUCUGGAAGGGGAACAGCACCUUAUGGACGUCUGGAGCUCCAACAUGUAAACCCCUAUCAAAAUAUGAGACGUUUGGAUUUAAAGUGGCAGUCAUUGCCUCUAUUGUGAGCUGCGCCAUCAUCCUGCUCAUGUCGAUGGCAUUUCUGGUGUGCUGUCUCGUGAAAUGUGUGAAGAAAAGUGAAAAGAGAAGAUCCAAAAGAGACAAGGUCGUAUGGCAUCAAUUAGAAUGCGAGGAACUGGAGAACAUGCAGGCGGCAUAUUUCGCGAUGAAAGGGGGAAAUAACAACAACAACAAGCCAGCGAGG